AUGAGUAGUCGGGAGCACGCGGCGGUUGCCGAGAGUGUUGUGACGGGGCCGGUGGCAGAGAGUGUCGGUACUUCAGCGCUUGGUUCUUCGACACUGGGCCCAUCCUCGGCGACGGGGCGGAUGGGACCAAGUGUGGUAGCAUUGCCGGGUCCGCAGUCGGGGAAGUUGGACCGGCAGGUGUUUGACGGAGGUGGCAAGGGGUUGUUUCGGGCAUUAUCGUCGCCUAGUGAAUUCUCUGCGUUGCCAGCGCUGAAAGAGGUGAGUGGUUUGGAGGCAUGGAAGUUAUUCCGUGUGAAGGUGAAUUUGUGCGGCAGUGUCGUGUUCAACUUUGGGGAGUGUAUAAUGCGACCACGUGGCGUCAUGUUGUGCACUAGUUACCCAGUGGUGUAUGAGCUGUACAACCAAGAGAUUCAAGCGAAACAUGCCACGUUGCAGGAAGUACUGCAAUUCAUCGGGGACAAUCGUCAGGCGGGAGCAUCUUUGGACGCCGUAGCGGAAGAGGUGGUUCAUAUGGCGGCCAACAACAUAUUCCGACCUCUACCACCCACCUCGUCCGCAGCUGUGGCCGCUGCAGCCCUCCAGACUUUGGUCGAGGACGACCUGGACUGCGCCCUGGAUCCAGUCUACGUGGCUGGCUGGCUCCACCUACAACUGGUCUACGAGAUUUUUCUCACACUCAUUGUUAGCCCCUGUCUAGGCAGCAAAACCUCCAAACGACUAGUGGACCAAAACUUCAUGCUGAGGCUACUAGCUCUAUUCUCCAGCGAAGACGUCCGGGAACGAGAGUAUCUCAAAACCAUCACCCAUCGUCUUUAUGGCAAGGUCACACUUAUGCGCAGCUUCAUACGCAAAAGCAUCGAGAACAUAUUCGUACUAUACAUCGAAGACCACUUCGUCAAAUCCGGCGUCUCCGAACUACUGGAAAUACUCGGAUCUAUCAUCAACGGCUUCGCCCAACCUCUCAAAGAUGAACACUUACAAUUCCUACAUCGGUGCAUGAUACCUUUACAUAAGGCUAAAAAUGUCAUUGCCUUCCAUCAACAACUCAGCUACUGUAUGGUACAAUAUGUCGAAAAAGAUUGUAGACUCGCCACACCCAUCAUUCUUGGCAUACUCAAAUACUGGCCCAUCAGCAAUACUCCCAAGGAAGUACUCUUCAUCAACGAAAUCGAAGAUAUUCUAGACGUAGUCACACCUCCUCAAGACAUACUACUACCUCUCUUCAAAAAACUCAGCCAAUGCAUCAAAUCACCCCACUUCCAAAUCUCAGAACGAACUCUCUUCCUUUGGAACAAUCCCAAAAUCAUCAAACUUGUCAACCAGAACAAGCAAGCACUCUACCCCAUCGUUAUUGCUGCACUUCAGAAUAACACCCAAUCACACUGGAACUUUACCGUUCAUUCUCUUUCAUUCAAUGUCAGUAAGCUCCUAGCCGAGGCAGAUCCUCGACUUUAUGCCCAAUGCACUGAAGAACUAACUUCCAUCGAAGAACCGGCGGAAUGCCGGCGACGUGACGAUGACCGCUGGAAGUUGUUCUUUGAGUGUCGAUAA